CACGAGACAGUGGAGGGGUACCGCGUGUACUUCAAUCAGAUCCUAGGGUUUUUCGUGGUGGAGGAUCACAUUCUGCACGCCACACAGGGACUGGUGACCAGAGCCUUUACUGAUGAACUGUGGAACAUGGCCCUGUCGAAGAUCAUUGCGUGCUCCCGCACACACUCUUCGUACUGCAGUGAUCCUGACCUGGUGCUGGAGCUGAAGAACCUCAUUGUCAUAUUUGCAGACACAUUACAGGGUUAUGGCUUCCCAGUGAACAGACUGUUUGACCUGCUGUUUGAGAUCAGAGACCAGUACAAUGAAACGCUGCUGAAGAAAUGGGCUCUGGUCUUCAGGGAGAUCUUUGAAUUGGACAACUACAGCCCGAUCCCUGUAGAAACCGAAGAAGAGUACAAGUCUGUUAUUAGUAGAUUCCCCUUCCACGACGCAGAAAUUGAAAAGCAAGACUUUCCAAAGAAGCUGCCCAUGUCUCAGUCUGUUCCUCAGAUCUACGUCCAGGUCAAGGAGUUCAUCUAUGCCAGCCUUAAAUUCUCCGAGUCACUGCAUCGCAGCUGGACGGAGAUCGAUGACAUGCUCCGUAAAUCCACCAACCUGUUGUUGACGAGGACACUGAGUGGCUGUCUCCAGAACCUCAUCAAGAAACCCCAUAUAGGACUGACUGAGUUGGUCCAGAUCAUCAUCAACACAACCCAUCUGGAGCAGGCCUGUAAAUACCUGGAGGACUUCAUCACCAACAUCACUAACGUCUCACCUGAGACCGUGCACACCACACGUCUCUACGGCCUUUCUACCUUUAAGGAUGCACGUCAUGCAGCGGAGGGAGAGAUCUACACCAAACUGAACCAGAGUACCAUUGACAUGAAGAUAGAUGAGUUUAUCCAGCUGGCAGACUAUGACUGGGGCAUGCCAGAGUCAGACGGCCAGGCCAGUGGAUACCUUAUGGACCUCAUUAACUUCCUCCGCAGCACCUUCCAGGUCUUCACACACCUGCCGGGUAAAGUGGCCCAGACAGCCUGUAUGUCAGCGUGUAAGCACCUGUCCACGUCCCUGAUGCAGAUGCCCUUGGACAGCGAGCUGAAGCAGAUCAGCAUGGGAGCCAUUCAGCAGUUCAACCUGGACGUCAUACAGUGUGAAUUGUUUGCCAGCUCAGAGCCUGUGCCAGGAUUCCAGGGGGACACUUUACAGCUGGCAUUCAUCGACCUCCUUCAGCUGCUGGACCUGUUCAUGGUGUGGGACUGGUCUACGUAUCUGGCUGACUACGGACAGCCCACCUCCAAGUACCUCCGGGUCAACCCCUCCACUGCGCUAGCACUUUUGGAAAAAGUCUACAGGGGAAUGAAGGACACCAGUAAGAAGAACAACAUAUUUUCUCAGUUCAGGAAGAAUGACAGAGACAAACAGAAGCUGAUUGAGACGGUGGUGAAACAGCUGAGGAGCCUUGUCAAUGGGAUGUCUCAGCACUCCUAGAAUAGACACACACAGUCAGAGACACACACACACAGUCAGAGACACACACACACAGUCAGAGACACACACACACAGUCA